GGCAGUCGGAGACUUAUCUGUAUCGAUCGGGGCUUUACAAAUGUAAUCCUGUUACUACCGACUCUUUGACUGUCCUUCAAAUUGACGCGGCCAGGAUUUGGAAGCAUCCUGAAUAGCCGCAUGUGUUUGUAAUGUGAAAGAGUUCACCGCUUGACAAGAAUGCUGCCGGAUACUUUGUUCAGGGCAACGAGACGCUAGUAGUGACUACACUGACGAUGCCGACAUACAACGUGGGAGCGUUCCGUGUGAGAUUUCGGAAGGAUGGCUCCUUCGGGCAGCACAAGAUCGAAAACGAACGGCACGACAAACAGCCCGUUAGUACCACCGUCCUGGGAAAAUAACGUGGGUGUAAAGUGAUUCUGCUACGUAACGAAAACUAGGUUAUUAGCUGUUGUAGGGCCUACUAGACGUCUGGCAGACACAUAUAUAUACAACUGGUUAGGAGCUGCUUUUAUAACCCUCGAUGAAUUGGUUCGAUUGCGACUCUGGUCUCUCCUUUGGUCCUCGAGAGGCGACGACAGACAAGUACAGGCGUUAAGUUUUCGGGAUCUGCAAGGAGCUCAUCUCGACUUCCGUUUGACUUGAUAGACUGAAAAAAUGCCCGGUCGCCGAGAAUGUACAAAACAGUAACUGAAGACGCUAAACCAUACAUUUAAAAAAUGACAUUGUAUCAAAUAGUAAAAUUCGUUUUGCCUGCAGAAGAACUAGGACCGCAUACCUGCAGGAAGCUGAUCGUUCUCAUAUAUUUAUAACCUUCUAAAGUAAAUUCUAAACAUUAAAAACAUAUGGUUAUAUCCUAAUUGAGUGUAUCUUAACAAUGAGAGAGAUCGCUUCGUUGAGAAGAAAAAGUACAAAUGUGAUUCUACCUUCGAGCAACAGCGGCAACAAGUUUCGCAGAAAUUUACUAAUCGUAAGUUCCGUAAAUAGUUCUAAUCUGCUUCCGAAACAUGUGAGUUGCUGUGAAGUAUACUUAAGGCUUGUGAUUACUUGUAGAUCUACCUCACAGGUAACUUUAGAAGCUGCAACCGAAUGGACAGAAAAAUUCAUUUAGCAGCUUGUCUUAAAAGUGAUCAAUGUUUUUAUUGAUUGUUCAGAUUGACAUGGGCGACUGGUUUUCUCCUAAUAUGAAUUUUCUAUUUGACCAAAACGAGUCUACAAAAUUGCAGAAAGCUAAGACAACAUCAGGCAACAAUAUUGGCAGCUAUUCGUCCCUACUGGAUUGCACAAGAAGCUCGUUACGAGCAACUCAUCAGACAGGCUAAACGUGAACAGUGCCAGUUAAAAGUGGCUCGUAAGCUGGCCACAGGACAAGCUCACUUGUGCCUACAUGAGACAUAAGGGCUCCUUCUGGUGCUGAGCACAUCUAUCACCACCUUCAUAUUAAAUCUACCGUACGGGGCACGGUUCUACAGGACAUUUCGAUGCAUCAAAAUGUCUGAAUCAGAGAUGAAGCUGGCAAGAGAUCACGAAAAAGGGAACAAGUGUUCUUGAACAGUAGCUGGCUUCAUAUUUCCAACACGAAGUACGCUCAGAGGAGCAGCACGUCUUUCACGUUCAGUGGUCAAUGCUUUCGACCUAUACGACUGUCCUGAACAAUAUUGAAAAUCAUUUGUUCGCUCCCCAAAAACCACGAGCCGAAAAGAUAGUAAUAGAAGACGCUGUAAAGGAGAGCCAGUCGAUCAUAGAGACGAUCGGGGCUACAGCCUCGGCCCACUGUUAUUAUUCGUUGUCGAGCUCCCAGUGACGUAUAAUACAAACAAAUGAAAAACGUCAUGUACACAAACUUUUAACAUACACAAACAAGAAAUACCAUGCAACACACCUUAUCUAUUCUCACAUGAUACUGAAGACCGAUUAACACCCUCACCGAGAACAUACCUUGUCUCCUUCGGAUGUCUACAUGGUUUCAUGAAGCUGCAUCCGUCCACGAAGAACCAACGAUUGUACGUACGUACUGGCAUACAAACUGUCGGGAAACUCCAUAAACAAUAUCCUCUAUCUACCUGCUGUUUAUUAAAAAUUACCAGGACAAAUGACCAACGUUGAUCGUGACUUCUGUAACGCUAAGACAACAGAUAAAUCCGGAUGUAAGUAUCUAUCUAGAACAACACAUUAUUCGAAAAUUAAACGUGCGAUCUUAUGGGUUCCAUCAGCUUUACUUGGCCUGUACGAGGCUGUCAUGUUCCGUUGACACUGCGGCGUGCUAACAUGCAUUUCAAGGACAAUUGCAAGUACAUCAGAUCUGUAUAUAUAUAUAUAUAUAUAUAGACAUACGUUUCAUUGUAUUCAAUAGUGUGUAAAAUAAACCUCUGCAUUGUAGCCAGUCUUAUAACAUUGUCAGGCCCUAUAUAUAUAUAUAUAAAAGAUAUUUUUUUUAUUGAUCUGUAUAAUUAUGGGCCAACGGCGUUCAGUGUUGAAAAGCUCUAUAUUUUCUCUCCAAGCUGGUUGUUAUUGUUUUCUCCCAUAAGUUUCAAUUAAUUUCGCGUGAACCUCCAGCGGAUAAAGUGGAUAUCUCAAAAUGUUAUAAUUUUAGUAUCUUAUAAAUGGAAUACUACCCAUUAAAUGGAACAAAACCCGUUAGAAGAUAAUCUAUAAUCUCAAAUCAAUUAACGACUAAAAUGACAGAGAAAUUACCAAAAAACAAAUGAAAACUGAUUCGAGAAAGGAAAGGUAGAUUUAUUGGCUGAAAAAUAAUGAGCUCUCUCCGUAUUCCUUAUGUUUCUUAUUGUUUGUAAUUGUUCGGUAUUUCAUCUUAGGGUCGCCAUUUCCUAGUCUUCUUUAAGUUUUUAUUUUUUUCUUUGGAAGUCUUACUAACACAGCUCCAUAUCUUAGACUAUUUUAAAACGUAAUUGUUGCAAAAUCUUAAAAAGACUAAAAAAGCAAUCGAUUUACAUUUCAUCUAUAGCUUAAUAUUGAUAGCUAGGUCCUUUAAAUUUCUUCUAGAGUUUAUCAAAGUGUCUCCUUCGACCCCUCUGAACAAAUGAGGCAAACCUUUUCCAAAGAGCCUAUUAUUUCGUGGGGGUUUGUCACAGUUCUUUCAAAAACUAUUGCGACAUAAGAAAUUAAUUGAUUGAUCGCAAAUGCUCGUUCGUCACGUUUACAUUGUCACGACACAUAUUGUAGGGUCGUUUAAGGUUCACCUAUUGUUACGAGGUGGACAUGAAACUUCGCCAAUCUUAUUCUUUGUUGAUUUGUGUCUCCUUGCCAGACUUCUUUGUGAAUCCGUCUAGUUUAAGGUUGAAAACUGCGUUUUUUUUUUCAAGAUUACUUUGGGUGAAAAUUUUUGCGGAAAGUUUAAGAUGGAGUUUCAUUAGUUUUAGGACAAAAAAGUAUGAAAAGACGGGAUCUCAUGAUUUCCAGGGUCGCGGGGUUUUUCUUUUUCGGAAAGAGAAGCAGUCACUAUCUGUGUGGAAAAGGCAGAGCAAAAACGAGGGCACAGUCGGGACGAUUGGAUAAUGCGAGGUUUACUAAUUGACGUCGGGGUAGUAUCGCGUCGGGGAGUACGAGCAGACCGUGACGCUGCGGCUAUCGAAAUGAUGCGAAAGGCCGGCGCGAUUCCGCUCGCCAUCACGAAUGUUUCCGAAAUGGCGAUAUGGUGGGAGUCCAACAAUAAGUUGCAUGGUCGCACGCGAAAUCCGUACGACCUACGGUGUAAUGCAGGGGGUUCCAGCGGGGGCGAAGGAGCCCUUCUCGCGGCAGCCGGAUCCCUUAUCGGUGUUGGCACCGACAUUGGCGGCUCAAUUCGGAUGCCAGCCUUCUUCAAUGGCGUCUACGGACAUAAGCCUUCACCGAACAUUGUAUCCAACAGCGGACAGUAUCCUGAGAUCGUCGAUUAUCGAGCUGAAUUUCUGGGCACAGGGCCCAUGUGUCGAUAUGCGCGAGACCUACGACCAAUGCUUAUAGCUUUAGCAGGUACAGAGGCCACCGGCCGAUUACGACUAGACGAGCCCGUCGAUCUUCGGCAAAUUCGAGUUUUCUACAUGAACGAAAUCAAAGAUCGAAGCUUCCUGAUGUCACCCGUCAGUAACGAAGUACGCAGAACAUUAAGCGAUGUGAUCGAAUACUUGUCUAGCCUAACAUUGAAACCAGCCGAGGAGCGGAACUUCCCAUCAAUGACAUACGCCUUCGAGAUUUGGAACAGUCUGAUGAUGUCUGGCGAUUGUCCGAAACUGAUUGAGGUGCUAAAAAGUUCUGGGUCGACGAUCUCACACCCUUUUAUCGAGAUGCUCAAGUGGACUGCUGGUCAGUCAAAGCAUACCUUUCCGGCUGUAUUUAUGACAGUUGGUGAGAAAUACCUGCCUUCAAAGGAGUCCGAGUCAAGUCGUCGUUACGUUGCCCUCGGGCGCGAGUUAGAACAGGAAUUUGCUAACCUUCUAAAUGAUCGCGACGCCGUCUUUCUGUGCCCGACACAUCCUGAACCUGCCCCUAAACAUAGGACGCCUGUAUUUCGUGGGUUCAACUUUGUGUACGCCGGGAUCUUCAAUGUUCUCCGACUUCCAGUUACCGCAUGUGCGGUCCGCCUAGGAGAACACAGCGAGCUUCCAGUCGGUAUACAGGUUGUUGCCGGACGAAAUCAAGACAGACUGUGCCUGGCUGUUGCGGAAGAAAUCGAGCGCGUUUUUGGUGGCUGGAGGGAUCCCAGUAAAAAGGCGUGAGCACGGAAGGAGUAUCCGCUCAGAGUCUACUAAACGUGAACAUAAAUCGUACAAUAGGUUAUAGAAAAUUCAAUAUCGACUGGACAAUACUGUUAGACAGUGAACUAAUGAAAAAAAUAGUAGGACAUUGAGAAUGUUAAGGAUCUUCGAGCACGGACUAAUUAGCACGAUCAGAACCGCCAUCAAUAUAAAUCGGAAGAAGCAGCGGCUGCGCUUAGGGUAUCUGUGGCUGUCAGCUGCGCUCAACUUAGAAUUGUGAUACGCCUUCUGAAGGUGUGCGAGGACCCUGCGUUGAUUAGUACGAAACCUUUACAUUUUGAUUCUAUUCCUUUGACCAAAUGAACACUCAUUCCGACCGAAACGUACGCCGUGUAUAAAUGAAUCUUACGUUUCGCUCAUAAGUUUAGUAUUAUAACGAGCUGUCGCGUCUUCGAAUAUGGACUCUAUGUAAUGUUGAGGAACCGCGACUGAUUAGCUCUUCAGUAGACCGCGUUUAAUAUAAAACAAAGACUCUGUAGGACAUUGUUAUAGAUCCUACUUGCUCAGUGUGAGAUAAAGCUCCCGCUGUAACAGCUGAUUUUGUUGCUAGAUAACAAUGACAAUGAUAGGUGCCCACUGUGAAGGUCCCUGCGCGUUUAUGUGCGCCCAUUAUAAUACAGUAUUUUUAGAUAUGAAACAUCGUCAUUAAUACCAUCACAUGUCUCAUUUGUUCUAGCUGUUUUCUGAUGUGAAGCACUCUACUGUUAACAGAAAUCUAUUUUUGGUACCGAAGAUGAAGAAGAAAAUAGGAUGGAUAUAUGUACUGUUACCGAAGAUGCAAUACUUAUCCAUAAGGUUUUGUGCUAACGUAACAUAAUAAUAUAAUCGAUCUAAGCGUUAUUGCCGUAGGUGACGAUUUUCAUCAGGCCUUGUAGUUCAAGGAAGAAGCUUACGUUUAGAAUCCGCGUGCUCAGAAGUGACCCGCGCUAGAGUCUGCAACAUUGCAGUAAUAGAAUACAGUGGAAACAUUAAAACGCUAUGCAGUAACGAAGAUGAGUAUUUGAAGAUCGUACGCGUUACAGCCCAAAGCACUUGCCAAUGUCUAGUACUAUGUUGAGUCAGUCAAACAAAUUGUGCACCAUUUUCUGCUAAAACGUCUACACAAUAUAUAUAUGUUAUUGACUAAAUGGUCCUAUACUACUUCGAAGUUUGUUGUGCAGUUGUUCAGAGAAAUCGGACACAUUCUACAUACGAAGUACACACGUACUGUAAAUUGGUACCGCAUAAUAACAUCGAAGGCUUAGCGCACAUGAGCGAAUCACGAGAGAAUCUUGUUUUUGUUUUUUUGUUGUCACAAAACCCAGUUCAACCUGCUAAUAGUUCGAACGCUUAGUAAUGACUCACUAUGGCUAUUCUUAUUGCAGGGCCGUGAUGUCGGCAUUGUAUAAAUCCUGUUGUCCUUCUAACGCCGCUGUUUCCGCUGGACGGUCGAAAACAUUAUUGUGCAGUAUUGGAAAUACCCGUCUAGCUAAUACAUUGACCGAGAAGGCACAAUCGAAUAAAAAUAAUAAGUAAAAAAAAAUGUUUACAAUGAGUUCAAUUAACAACAGUGGCAAAAGUAGGAAACAUCAUAGAGAACUGUAAAUAUUUCCCAAAUAAUGAAUAAAUUUUAUUACAAUAGCAUAAACUCCGAUGCUGAA